UUAGAAUGUUCUGUUCAAAUUAAAUGGGCUUAGUGAAUGGAUUAAAUCUUUUAUUUAAGAGUGGGUAAAACAAUACCAUGAUUUCGUAGAGAUAUGUUUCACUUAAAAUAUCCACGAUUUCGUGGAUUUUUCAGUUGGGAUGAGCUAGGUUGCUUAGCGAGAACCCUUGGGUUCCCAAUCAGCCUGUUCAGAGACAACGUGACAGAUGAGAUUCAAGUGGAGGAAAAUGGCCUUACUGUACAGGAGCUUCAAAAGAUGCUGGAGUACAAACUGCUAUACAAGGCCCUUCAUCACACCCUGAACUCCCACACUGCCGACUGGAAUACAUGUGUGAUACGCCGGGCAGCCGCUGUCCUCCAACACAAGGCCCUUAGGUAUGAGGAGCUGUACAAUGUGCGUCUGGGCUACCAGACCUAUGAGGCGGGCGACAUGAAGGGCAUGGUCAUACACCAACACACACUCAUCAGGGCCCUCAAGAUGUGCAACUUAACGAUAUCGCCCCUGAAGCUGAUGCACAGGAUCAAACACAGCCGGGACAGCUUUGACGAACCAGGGAGAAUCCAGCUGUAUGAAUUCAUCGAUCUGGUUCUAUGGGCAGAGAUGUACAAAAGUUACGUCCCAGAGGGAACAUACGGUCAUUUUGAAAUGGAAAACCAACUCUUCAAGCUAACAGACUUUGACAAGCUCCUGUCGCACCAUGAUGAGCGCAUGGCCAAGCGCCUGGAUGCCCAGUACUUGCAUGAAGAAUGGGAAUUUCCUGAGACGAAGGUCAGCCGGAACAGAAAGUUCAAUGACACCACAGUUGUCUGUGGGGACUCCAGGGUGGAGACGGAUACAUGCUUGUCAGAUUAUUAUUUGCAUCGGAAGAAUUCUGUGGCGUGUUACCAAAAGAAGAGUUACCGAGACCUGCGUUCGGAAGUUGUCCGCUCUGAGAAGACGGUCCACUGUGUGAAGGGUGGGUAUGUGCGGGAGCGGCCUGUGACGGCCCCAAACCUUGGACGCUACAACACCCGGACUCUUGAGGAGAUGAAGAGACGGGAGUCGGCGCGAGCCCAAACUGCCCUCUCUAUGAGGCUUGACAGUCUUCUACAGAGGGUCUACACCAAAGACAAGGAACACUGUUUCAUGGUACCAGAUGGGGACAUCAAGCCAGUGGACCUGACAGACCGUCCACAGAUAACUGGGAUCCAGAGGACGGAGACACCCCAGGUUGUCACAGAAACGGAACUGGACGAAACUCAGAGAUAUCUCGAGAGACUGCUCUUUGACAUUGAAACUGAGGCUGGAAGACAUGAGAUAAAUCGUGACACGGAGAUGGAGGGCUACAUUCCCAAAUACAAGGUCAAGAAGGACCUGGAGAAUAUACGGAAAGCCUCUGCCUGGCGGGAAAACCCACCACCCAGCCGACCACACAAAAAGUACCGAGACCCAAACUUCGCUGUUGAUAGUCUUGCAUACCCCGUCCCUCGCUUGCCCCCAAGCCAUGCUAGGAAAUGUGAUGCCAGAGAAAGUCAGCGGCGUCUUCAAAAUAUAUUCAGAGGCUGGUAUGAUGUCCGCUCAAAGCGAGGGUCCCACUACAUCCUCAUUUCCCAGUUUCUAGCCAACACACCCAAGGGCGAGCUAUUCAGGAAAAUGAUGAACUUGUCUGAUGCUCAAAUCAAGAAACUGCACAGUCACUUCCUCUACAGACAGACAAAGGCAGGUGAGACUGACAAGCGACCAGUCACCGCUCCAGCAGUUAUGUCCAUACAGGAAAACCAGUCUAUAAUGAGGAAGGGAGACCACUCUGAUCAUGUUACAAUAGGGGAGGUCACUGAAAUACUUGUGCCAACUGAAGAGGAUGAGGAGGAGGUGGAGGAAGGUGAUCAAGAAUAUAUGGACAAUGAUAGAGGAGACAUGAGUAGGAUCAGUGGGAGUACUGGAAGUGCUGGAAGAAGUAGGAGUAGCAGUAAAUAUUCUAGAAGUCCGGAUUCAGGUGUCGAAAACAUGAAUUACUCCUAUGAUACAUCUAAUACCUCAAUCAGUGAUAAGAUUAAAAACCUGUCUCUGGAUCAACGAAACAAAGUUGUAACAAGUGUGAAUAAACCUAGACCAUAUUCAGCACAUGACGACAGACAAGAAGAAACUCUAAAGAAUGAAAACAUUGCUGAAAAUGGUGGAGAAGAGCAUCCAAGGUCCAAGUCAGCUCCGGGUGAUAGAGGCCAAAUAGAGGAAGUGGAAGACAUAGCGCCAACACCGUAUAUGGAGCACAGCAAGCCACGCACUGUGCAUGUGGGAAGCAUGGGCAAGAUCACACUGUUGGAGAGUAUCUCAGAGGCCAAGUUCUGGGAGAACCACAUUCAUGGGAACAAACCAAAGGUGCCGAAUGUUAAGGAAGAGCAGGACAGUGUUAAAGAUAGUGGAACUGAGAGUGCUAUAGAUGAAGUUGAGGCGGAGACACAUGUAGCGGUUGAACAAAUCCCUGACACUGAUGUUAUUCAUGCAGUUGAAUGGGAGAAUAGAGAUAAUUCUAGUCCAAAUACACAGAAAAAUCCAAAGAGAAAAGAAACUUUAGGUAAUGUAGAUGCAGAGUUUAUUUCUAUGCUGCUCGAGGAGGAGAAACGAAGGAGAAGGAAGAGGAUGCCAAAGCGGCCGAGCGUUUUUGUCUCUGCAGUAAAACCAUGGCAACAGAAGCCCAGUCUGCCCGGCAACCGACCCAGGCCCAGCAUGGCAUAUACCAACAUUACCUCAAAGGCAAUGACGAACACUGGCCCCAGUACAGAACAAAACACUACCAGUCAGUGUGAACAGACAUCUAUCUCUUUAGUAAAUAUUUCUAAAUCUAAACAAUUGCAUUUAAAGAAACAAAAGCAGUCUCAAUCUUUGAAUAAGUAUGAUGGACUUGUUAAAAGAUUGGGCGACAAUAUGACUCCAUAUAUGAAAACUUUAAUGUUAGAGUCUUAACUAUUCACUUUUUAGUCCUAUAUCAAAUUUUGAUUUUAAUGUAAUAUUCACAAUGUUUGCUGUGAGAGAAAUGUUAAGCAGUUACCGUGGAAAAAUACUUAACUGACCAGUUUGUUUUGUAUUCAUGUUAAAUUUUACUUCUUUAGGAGUCUUUAAAGACAAGCAUAUAUUUAACUCACUUCUGUAAUUUAUUUACACUCAUCCAAUUACUACAAUAUUUAGUAUUUUUGUCACAGAAAGAGGCAAAUGCCCCUCAAUUGAUAUUGUUACACAUUCAGUUAUAUGUAUUAUGUUGUUUGAGAAUGAACGCCAAUAAAUUGGUAAAAAUCA